GUCAGUUCCGCCACAUAUCAAGAGGCCUGAUUAUGCCGACGAUCCGAAAGGUGUGUCCAAAUCUGAAAUGAGCAUCUCAAAUAGUAUCAUACAAGUGCUGAAUAAUGAUGAAAUCGAAGCCAUGCGAAAAGUGUGCAAGCUUGCUAGAGAAGUUUUGGAUAUCGGUGCAGCUGCUAUCAAACCUGGCAUAACAACCGACGAAAUUGACAGAAUCGUACACGAGGCUACUAUAGAACGUGAUUGCUACCCAUCACCUUUGAAUUAUUACGAAUUUCCAAAAUCAAUUUGCACAUCAGUGAAUGAAGUUAUUUGUCAUGGUAUUCCUGAUCGUCGAGAGCUAAAGGAGGGUGACAUCAUCAAUUUAGAUGUGUCUCUAUAUCAUGAUGGAUUUCAUAGCGAUUUAAAUGAAACCUAUCCUGUUGGUCGUAUAGAUACGGAUAUGAGGCCUGGAUUUUUAUACCGUGAUCUUGGUGCAGUAAUUGAGAGAAAUGCAAAGGCCAAUAAUUGUUCAGUUGGUCGUACUUAUUGUGGUCAUGGUACCCAUAGGCUAUUUCACUGUCCACCAAAUGUUCCUCACUAUACAA